AUGACAUCUCGGGUAAUAAAAUUGUCAAUUUGUAACAAUUAAAUUUUUAAUUUACACUUGACGGUAUAACGACGAGAUCGUCGGUUAAACAAUGUUAAAUUUAAGGUGCACGAAUUCAGCGUAGAGAUGACGUGCGAAGGAUGUGCCAAUGCCGUGACGAACGUACUUCGUAAGAAGGAAGGUAUGGUUCGACGAUUGUUGCGUAUUUUAAUAAUCGGAUUUAUAUUUUAUUUAAAUUUAAAAGUGUCUCUGGGUAAACGCGUAGUGAUUAAUUUCAAGUUGUAAGAUUUCUUUUGUCAAAGAACAUCGGAUAAAAACAUAUGGAAACUUUAUUUUGUAAUUCUCGCGUUAAAAAAUUAUUUGAUUCAGAAUCGAUUCGUUUUCAGGUAUUGGCAAUGUGCAAAUAGAUCUACCAGGAAACAAGGUAUUUGUAACGUCUGCGCUUCCUUCUGAUGAAAUAUCACGGAUCAUCGAGAAAACUGGGAAGGCGUGUCAAUUUUUAGGCGUAAAAAAAUAA